CAACAACAGUCUGUUGAAUUUGCACUUGGGAGACAAUUUAAUCAAUUUAAACAUGCAUAUUGGGUUCGCUUAAGUGCUUCAGUUGAUGUAGUAAGGCUUCUUGUAACUCAAGGAUUUGCAUUUCGAGGUCACGAUGAAUCUAAAUCAUCACUUAGUAGGGGUAAUUUUCUUCAUAUUCUCUCAUGGUAUGGGAAAAAGUGUGAUAAUAUUUGUGACUAUGUACUGGAACAUGCUCCUCAAAAUGAUCAAAUGACUUCUCCAGGGAUUCAGAAAGAUAUUGUGACAUCAUGUAAAAUAGAAACAAUUAAAGCUAUUCUUGAUGAAUUAAAUGGUGACUACUUUGCUUUACUAGUUGAUGAGACUUUUGAUGUGUCACGCAAGGAGCAAAUGGCUAUUGUCUUACGAUAUAUUGAUAGAAAAGGAUUUGUGAUGGAGCGACUUAUUGACAUUGUUCAUGUUCAAGAUACUAGUGCUUUAUCUUUAAAGAGGGCGAUCGUUAAUUUACUUGCUCAACAUUCCUUGAGUCUAUCACAUGUACGUGGACAAUGUUAUGAUGGGGCAAGCAAUAUGCAAGGUGAGAUCAAUGGCCUUAAAAUGUUGAUUAGGCAAGAAAGUAGAUCGGCUCAUUCCAUUCAUUGUUUUGCUCACCAACUUCAACUAACUCUUGUUGCGGUCUCUAAAAAAUGUAUUGAAGUGGGAAAACUUGUGGUAUUGGUUUCAAAUAUUUUGAAUGUAUUGGGAUCUUCUUUUAAGCGUAUGGAUGAAUUUCGAGAUUCUCAAAAAGAAAGAAUUCAAGAGGCAUUAGAUAUGGGUGAGCUUAUAACCGGUAGGGGCUUGAAUCAAGAACUUGGUCUUUCAAGAGCUUGUGAUACUCGUUGGGGAUCUCAUUAUAAAUCUUUUAACAAUUUUAUUCUUAUGUAUGGCUCUAUUGUUAAUGUUCUUGAAUCACUUGUUCACGAUGCACGAUUAAUGGAUGAAAGAGCCAAGGCAAUGGGAUAUCUCGACGCUUGUCGAACAUAUGAGGUUGCGUUCAUGUUGCGUUUGAUGAGUGAGGUUUUAGCAAUCACAAAUGAGCUUAACAAAUGCUUACAAAAAAAGGAGCAAGAUUUGGCAAAUGCCAUGAUACUUCUUGAAGUAGCAAAAAAAAGGUUGCAAGCUUAUAGGGAUGAUGAAUGGGAUUCUCUCAUUGCUAAGGUAUCUUUAUUUUGUAUCAAGCAUGAAAUUUUGGUACCUAACUUUAAGGAUCCAUAUGUUAGCUCUUUAAGAUCACGACGAAGACUUGGUGACAAUACAGUCUUACAUCAUUAUCGUGUUGAAGUGUUUUGCAAUAUUAUUGAUUGGCAACUUCAAAAGCUUAAAGAUCGUUUUGGCGAAGCGACGACUAAUUUGCUUCGUGGAAUUGCUUGUUUGAAUCCAAUUGACUCUUUUUCAAGUUUCGACAUCAGAAAGAUAAUGAAAAUGGUUGCGUUAUAUCUUGAUGACUUUGAUGAGUUCAAUAUGAGUGCUCUUGAGAAUCAACUUUGUGAUCUUUCGAAAAGAUUAGUUCAUACAAAGAAGCAUUCAAAUUAUCCUCUUGUAUUCCGCUUAGUGAAACUUGCUUUGCUUCUGCCAGUUGCCACUGCAUCCGUUGAAAGAGUUUUUUCGGCAAUGAAGUUUAUCAAGAGAAUGACUUGCGGAGUCAAAUGA